UCCAUAUUCGUUUGUAAUAAUACAUUUAAACUUUCGAAAUUUCUUUAACUUUGCAAAGAAACUUCCCAUUUCUCUCUCUCUAUUAAGUGAACACUAUUUUCCCAUUCUUAUCCAAGACUCAAAAUCUGUGAUUUUGAACCACUCAAGAUCAUCUCUCAUGGCUUCUUCUUCUUCCUCACCUCGCAACUGGAGAUACAAUGUCUUCACGAGCUUCCAUGGACCAGACGUCCGUAUUAAAUUUCUCAGUCAUUUACGUCAACAGUUUAUUUACAAUGGAAUUACUAUGUUCGAUGACAACGGGAUCGAAAGAAGCCAAAUUAUCGCUCCAGCUCUCAAAAAAGCCAUUGGAGAAUCGAGGAUCGCGAUCUUAUUGCUCUCGAAGAACUAUGCUUCUUCCAGUUGGUCUUUGGAUGAGCUAUUGGAGAUUUUAAAGUGCAAAGAAGAUAUAGGGCAAAUAGUGAUGACUGUCUUCUACGAAGUUGAUCCUUCUGAUGUCCGCAACCAAACCGGAGAUUUUGGGAUUGCUUUUAAAGAAACUUGUGCUCAUAAAACAGAGGAGGAGAGGCAAAAAUGGACCCAAGCUUUGACCUAUGUGGGCAACAUUGCCGGAGAAGACUUUAAACACUGGUUUGUAUUUAGCCCAAUGAAGCUAAAAUGAUCGAGAAGAUUGCAAGAGAUGUUUCAGAUAUACUAAACGUCACACCGUGUAGGGAUUUUGAUGGCAUGGUUGGACUAAACGAUCAUUUGAGGGAAAUGGAGUCUUUGCUAGAUUUAAAGAAUGAUGGAGUUAAGAUUGUUGGAAUCUCUGGUCCUGCAGGCAUUGGUAAAAGUACCAUUGCUACAGCUUUACAUGGUCGACUCUCUAACAUGUUUCAGCGUACUUGUUUUGUGGACAAUCUUAGGGAAAGCUAUAAGAUUGGUCUUGAUGAGUAUCGUUUGAAGUUGCACUUACAACAGCAACUUCUUGCAUAUGUUUUAAAUCAGGAUAAAAUUAGGGUGGGCCAUUUAAGUGUGAUGAAAGAAAGGCUUGACGACUUGAGGGUUCUUAUUAUUCUUGAUGAUGUGGAGCAUCUAUAUCAACUAGAGGCUUUGGCUGAUAUCAGGUGGUUUGGUCCUGGAAGUAGGGUGAUAGUGACCACUGAAAACAGAGAGAUUUUGCUGCAACAUGGUAUCAAGGAUAUAUACCAUGUGGGUUUUCCAUCAGAAGGAGAAGCUCUAAUGAUCUUUUGUCUAUCUGCUUUUAGACAACCCUCUCCACCUUAUGGUUUUUUGAAGCUUACAUAUGAAGUUGCAAGUAUUUGUGGUAAUCUUCCAUUGGGUCUGCAUGUUUUGGGGACGUUAUUGUGGGGAAAAAGUCAGGCUGACUGGAUUGAAGAACUACCAAGGUUGAAAGACUGUCUUGAUGGAAGAAUUGAGAGUGUAUUGAAAGUUGGCUAUGAGAGUUUAUAUGAGAAAGACCAAGCUCUUUUUCUCCUCAUUGCAGUCUACUUCAAUUAUGAUUAUGUUGAUUAUGUGACAUCCAUGCUAGAAAAUACUAACGUAUUGGAUGUUAGACUUGGGUUGAAAAAACUAGCUAAUAGAUGUCUUAUACAAAUAGAUAUAGACCAUAAUCGCAAAAGUAGAGUCGUAAUGAACCGGUUGCUACAAGUAAUGGCUCGAGAAGUUAUUUCCAAACAAAAAAUUUCCAAACGAAAGAUUCUAGAAGAUCCCCAGGAUAUUUGUUAUGUUCUAGAAGAGGCAAAGGGUAAAGGAUCAGCUUUAGGAUUAUCAUUGGACGUAGCAGAGAUCAAAGAAUUAGUAAUAAACAAAAAGGCUUUUAAAAAAAUGUGCAAUCUUCUCAUCUUAAAAGUCUUUAAUGGGACGGAUCCCCGAGAUAGUAAAUUGCACGUACCAGAGGAGAUGGAGCUUCCAUCUAGCAUAAGGUUACUACAUUGGGAGGCAUACCCGAGAAAAUCUUUUAGAUUUGGUCCAGAAAAUCUCGUCACACUCAACAUGGAGUACAGUGAGCUCGAGAAGCUAUGGAAAGGAACUCAGCCACUUGCAAAUCUCAAGGAGAUGAACUUGUGUGGGUCAUCUUGUUUGAAGGAACUCCCAGAUCUUUCGAAAGCAGCAAAUCUGGAGAGAUUGGAUGUGGCUGAGUGCAAUGCUUUGGUAGAGAUUCCAUCCUCAGUUGCGAAUCUUCACAAAAUAGUUAACUUACACAUGGAAUCCUGUGAAAGUCUAGAAGUCAUUCCAACUCUCAUCAACUUGGCAUCUCUUAAGAUUAUCAACAUACAUGAUUGCCCACGGUUGAAAAGUUUUCCAGAUGUUCCCACCAGCCUCGAGGAACUUGUGAUAGAGAAAACAGGGGUACAAGAAUUGCCUGCAUCAUUUAGGCAUUGCACUGGUGUUACUACUCUUUAUAUAUGUUCCAAUAGAAAUCUCAAGACCUUCUCAACACAUCUCCCCAUGGGUCUAAGGAAGCUAGACCUAAGCAAUUGUGGUAUUGAGUGGGUUACAGAUAGCAUCAAAGAUCUUCAUAAUCUAUAUUACCUUAAACUAUCAGGCUGCAAAAGACUUGUGUCUUUGCCAGAACUCCCUUGUUCGCUCGAGUGUCUAUUUGCAGAGGAUUGUACAUCACUAGAAAGAGUAAGUGACUCUCUAAACAUUCCAAAUGCGCAGUUCAAUUUCAUCAAAUGCUUCACAUUGGAUAGAGAAGCACGACGAGCGAUUAUUCAACAAUCGUUUGUUCAUGGGAAUGUUAUCUUACCAGCAAGAGAAGUACUUGAAGAAGUCGAUUACCGAGCGAGAGGAAAUUGCUUAACAAUUCCUCCUUCUGCUUUCAACAGAUUUAAGGUUUGCGUUGUGUUGUCAAUUCACUAGACGAUGUCGAAGAAUUCGAGUCUUACAAAGCUUACGAACUAGGACUUGCAUGUCAUUGCAGAGUCAUUGGCGACUCAGUAAAAUCCGCUUCCGAGGAUUUCCAACUACAAACCGUCUACACGUUCCAAACGGAACAUGUCUUUAUAUUUGACAUUAGCUUCCCAUUAAUUUUUAAUGGACGAAAGAUAAUGCUCAAGUUCUUCGGUGGUUACGCUCGCAUUAUUGAAUGUGGUGUCCAGAUCUUGAUGGACGAAACGGACGGAAGCAACAAAGGGUUAUUUGAAAAUGUAGAAUGGCGUACAUAUAAAUCCUACGAAGAAGCAGUUGAAAAAGAAGAGUAUCAAUGGGAUACAAAUCAAUCCGAAGAAGAAGAAGAAGAUGAUCUAUGGGAUACACAUGAAUCCAACGAAGCAUUCGACAAAGAAGACCAUGACUACGAAUCUGCUCCCACCGCAUAUGAAGACAUCUGCUUGAAUCCUUCACCUAAGCUAGAUCCGAUUCCAAAUCCAACAGCCUCAUCUUCACGGCCGUUGUCUCGUUUUACUUUCCCAGAUUCGGCGGCGGCGUUUGCUACCCCUCGAAUAGAUGAUGAAGCGUCCAAUAAAGACGACAAUGAAGAGGGAGACAAAUCUGAAAUUGUGUCCGAAGACAAAGAUGAAGAUACCGCCCACGACGGUGACUACCAAUCAAUAUCAAGCAAGUUGCUUCAUAUGUUAUCUCUUUGCGUUAAUUGAUUUCGUUAGGCUAUCUACUUGUGUGAUGAACUGAUGAUUCUAUGCUUUAUGUAGACAUAAACUUAUUUCAUGUUGCUUUUGUAUUUGGCACAUAAAUUUUUUUUUUUUAAAGAAAUAGAGACUUGUAGUUGUCAAAUUUAUUUCAUGUCAUGAAGUAUAUUUCUAUAUCUCUAGAUCUCUCUCAUGUUUUGGGGAGAAUAUAUGGAAAAAUCCCUAUCAUUGACAUUGUCAUUGAUUGCUCUCGUUGAGCUUUAAUCAGUGUAGAAUGCAG